AUGUCGAUGAUAACUUCGAGACCAGAGCCUAGCUUCAUUCCAACCCUGGAAGAUGUCUUUGGAGCACAGGCGCACCUGAGCGAGCGUGUGCCUCCAGAACUGGCGAAUGAUAUCCUCGACUACGCGGGUUACUGGGCUAAGGUCAGCACGAGCUUCCCGACGAACAAUGGCACGGGAAAGGUGAUCUCUGCGCGCCACAAAGACAAUCUUAACUCGGCUGAGGUCCUUGUCCUCACGCCGACAAUGGAGAAUUGGAUAGGCCUUGAUUUCUUCAAGAUACGAGAGGUUCGCUUCAAGUUGGAGAGCCAUGACCAAGGUUGGGCCGACGAAAACUCAAGCCCUCUCCCAUACCUUCCGUCGUGGACAUGGUUCGAAGCUACGAUCAUUCGUGAUCCCAGAUACACCGCCUCAACUCCUGAAGAAGAUGCCUUUGUCAAGAAAGCCUUAGAAAAAAGCCGCCGCGGACAGGAAACAAAGUCAAGUAUUAUUACCGUGCCUAAUCUACAUGCUGCCGCCGGGCUGGGGGAGGACAUGUGGGACAUCCAGCGGAACGUCCGUGCUUCGUCCGUCUUCAGGUCGCAUGAAAUCCUCUUCAAAGAAGACAGCAACGACGUAGCAUCCGGAAAAACUCCAGGAAAGAUUGGCAACGAUGGCAUGACAGGUGCUGGCUCCGGAGAUGGGUUCGUCAGUGCCCUGCAGAAGGAGGAUCGGAUUGCGGUCAUUGCUAGAGCCAGGAAACUUCGUUGGGAUAAUCACGUCAAGGAAAUAGAAGUGGAAGUGUACUAUUCCGUAUGA